GCUGCUUCUUCUUCUUCUACUAUUGCUAUUCUUAUUCAUCUACUCUUCUGCUUCAAUGCUCUUUUGCUUCAAUGUUCUCUCUCAAGGGGGAUAACUUUGGAAUCCGUGCGCGAUUUUCUCACUAGAGAGGAGGAUACCAUUGUGUUUAGCCUCAUUGAGAGGGCUAAAUACCCAUACAAUUCUCCAUUGUACAACCCCUCCUCUUGUUUGAAGGUGGACAAAUGGUUUGGCAAUAGUUGCUCUUUGGUUGAGCUCUUUGUGAGGGACAGUGAGAGGGUCCAAGCCAAGAUUGGAAGUUAUCAAAAUCCAGAAGAGGUUCCCUUCUUCCCUGAAGAUUUGACAUGGCCAGUAGUCCCUCCAUACAACUUUUCGAAGGUUUUAUACCCAGCAGCUGCAUCUGUCAAUGUAAGUGAUACCAUUUGGAGUGUGUACUUCAAAGAGCUGCUUCCGCAGUUCACUGUCGAAGGCGUCGACGGAAACUUUGCGUCGACAGCCGCAUCUGAUCUCGCGUGUUUGCAGGCUCUUUCGAGGAGGAUCCACUAUGGGAGGUUUGUAGCAGAAGUGAAGUUCAGGGAUUCCCCUCAGGAUUACAUUCCUGCUAUUCGCGCGAAGGACAGGGAUGCUUUGAUGAAACUGGUAACAUCUGAAAGCCAAGAAGAAAUUGUGAAGAAAAGAGUGGAGGAAAAAGCGGCGGUGUUCGGACAAGAUGUAACGCUGGACCGACCAGCUGAUACCGGCGACAGCAAUAGCAGCCGAGCCGCUUAUAAGGUCGAUCCGUCGGUCGUUUAUCGACUCUACGGAGAUUGGGUUAUUCCUCUAACCAAGAUCGUCGAAAUCGAAUACCUUCUCCGCCGUCUCGAUUGAUGCUUCAUUGUUGCUUCUCAUUGAUUGAUUCAUCGGGUCGACGCACGAUCGAAAAGAUUACAAAAUUUGCAUGAAAAACAGAAAAAUAUUAAUCGCACAAUUGUUCUGCGUAAAAUCAGCAGAAGUAUGUAAAUCUAAUCAAUUUUGCUUUCCCUCCACAGAAAUAAAACACCCCAAAUUGCUUAUC